AUGUGUGCGUGGUACGGAUGCCACGAACAUCCCGAUCUCAGCAAGGUCAUCAAAUUCGAGAACACUGGCAGAACACUGGACGGUCAGGAGAUCCACAGGGAGGCGGCCACUGACGGAGCGAUUCUACUCAACAACUUGCUUACAACUCUUGCCGUACAAGACGUCCUCGACCUCCGAAAGUAUCGCUUUUCCCGUCGCUUCAUGCAUUCGGUCAACGUUGAGUUGAGUUCGGGUCGAGUGAGACAGGGUUGUAUACGUAUGAAUCUUGGAGGAGGGGUAUUCUGGCCGUUUUGUGCAUCAGACGAAGGCAGAACAGUCCAAUGGAAGGCGCAGAAGAAGCGCCACUCGUUCGAAAUUCUACCAGAAGACGUGCGAGAGCGCAUCGUAGGAAUGCUGCUGCACAACCCAGAUGGAAUUACCAUUGACUUGACUACGCACAUUAUGCAUGGUUUCGACUUCGGUCUCUUCCAGGCACGCUUGCUCGACGCGUACGAUCUAUCGAGAGUUGCAAUGCGCUUGAACAACAUCACAUUGAAGAUGACUAGCGAUCAAGCCAUCACAGAGUUUGGAAAAUUCGAGAAGUUGAAUAAUUUCAUGACCAUGCGUGGCAACAGUGAAGGGCUCUAUGGAGUGGCCAAGCACUUGAACAGAUACAACGCACGAACCAUCAUACUGGAGAUCGCGCCUGCAGAGGUAAUUGCUCUCUCGGUUGUCCGAGUCAACAUCAAUUAUUUGAUGUAUCAUUUAAUCUUUCCGCGCUUCCAUCCCGAAUCCGUCAUCCAUUUGACGCUCACUCCCCCUCCAAGUACCGGCGCACCCCAACAAAUCACUACAAUCUCGAUGGAAAAGCUACAGCGACAACUCUUCCUCUUCCUCUCCGACAUCAUGCAAGAGACAAUCGAAGAGCAUUCCGAGUCCCUAAAGACGAGCACAAACUUCACCACAGCUCUUUCCAAUCAGAUGAAUCCUUAUUGCGACUUCUGGAUCGACGGUUACUGCAAGCUUCUCCACGCUGUCUUUGAAGAAGACAAGACCACGAUAAACUUCAGAUAUGGCAAGCUCAGCAUGAAGGAGUUAGGAGUUCUGGGGUACAGUAGGGCUGCUAGUUUGGAUUGGAUUGUUGAAAAGUUUGUGUCAGAGCAAGAAAUGCGGCCAGAAGGUCUGUAUUAUGCAAACGUUAUACUUCGUUGGGCGCGGCUGAGGUGGCGAUUAUAUGGUGAUUGGAAGGCACCAGCACCGCCAGGUAUGAGAAAGUUGGCGCCGUAA